CAACCCAAUUACCGAUAAAUUCGACACGAAUUUGACCCAACACGAUCCUUUUACCAGCUCUAGCUAUAAAAAUUAAAGAAUACACUAUUUUACUUUGAAUGAGACUUUGGACCCACAACAUUUGCAUGGGGAAUCACAAAUGAAAAGACAACCAAAUAAAAAGUAUUCAUAGUUUUUUGUGCGAAGAAAAAGGGAUUCAGAUUGAUAUUCGAUUUUUUUUGGUUAGUGAUAUUAGGAGUAUAUUAUUCCAUUCCUCACAAAAAAUAGUUUGAAAAAAAUAGUCAGCAUAAAAGUUUAUAUUAACUCUUUCCUUCUUAACUUCUUUCCACCAUUAGUGACACUCAGCAAACUAUUUUCUCUCUCCUACCUUCUUAACUUCCUCUGUUACUCCCCUCUUCAAUUCUUCAUCAAUUCAUCAAAACUUCAAAACCCAAAAACACCCAAUUUUCUCUUAUUUAUGGAAAACAAUAUUUCUCAAGAAAAUGCCACAUUUUUUGCUGAUCAUAAUUUACCAAUGCAAGGGGAAUUCGUGAUGAAAGAUGGAGAUAUUAAUGGUAAAAAUUCAUUAAUGGAAGCAGUAAAAUUAGAAAUAGAGAUGGAAAAAAAGAAGAUUAGGGAAGAAAUAAUUGCUUCUGAGAUUCUUCAAAGAAGACAAGAAUUGGAGGCAGAAGUUAGAAUGGAGCUUAUGAUGGAGAAACAAAUAAUGGGUAUGAGGAAUUUUUAUAAUAGGGUUUCAACUGCUGAUACUUCUAAUAUGUUAAUGAAUUAUGGGUUUUUGGGUGGGUCUUAUUUUCAUAAAAAUCUGCUGAAUGUAGGAAGUUCAGAUGAUGAAAUUGGGGAGAAAAUGAAAUUAAUCAAUCAUACUCAUCCUAUUGAAGGAGGGGCUGAUGAUUCCUUGCAAAUUAAGUCACACCCACUUAAGAAUAAUGUGUGUGGAGAUGGAGAGAAGCAGAAGAUUGUAGGUUUGGGUAAAUGGCCAUUCGAACGGGACCCGAAUUUGGUUGUUGCAGGAAAAUCUAUGGCUGAAUUAUGUAGGGAUGAAGUAUUGGAUCAGGCUAUGCCAAGUUCGGGCAUCAUUGGCAUGAAAAGGAAAGCUGAAACAUCAGAAGUAGCAUGUGAUGAGGAGACGGCUUCUGUUGCAAACAAGGACUUGCAGAAGAAGAAAUGGUAUUGUUCCUUGUGUGAAGUUUCAGCUACAUCAGCUGGAGGUUUGAAUCUUCAUCUCCAUGGGAAAAAACAUAAAGCAAAGGAAGCAAUGUCUAAGUCUGGCGAAACUGCAUGCAGUAUUAGCACAGAUAGUUGUUCAGCUGAUAAUUCAAUGCAGCCUGUGGAGCAAGUGAAAGACCAAAUGCAGCUGAUGGAGGAAGACAACGACCAAGUGCCGGCUACGGAGGAAGAGAAAAGCCAAGUGCAGCCAAUGAAAGAAGAUGGAAGCGAAGUGCAGCCUGUGGAGCAAGAGAAGAAGCAAUUGCAGCCAGUGGAGCACGACAAAAUCCAAGUUACUAAGAAAUGGGAGUGCUCUUUGUGUCAGCUAUCUGUUACUUCUGAGACACUUUUAAGAAGUCAUCUCCAAGGAAAGAAGCACAAAGCAAUGGAGGCUAAACUUGGAGUCAAUCAAGGAUUGAGUGACAAUCAUGCUGAAACAGCAAAGGGUAGAAGUGAAGAUGCAAAGAAAUGGUACUGUUCGUUAUGCCAAGUAUCAGCUUCGUCAGAGAAAAAUCUGAAUGAUCAUAUUAAAGGAAAAAAACACAGGGCUAAGGAAGGAUCACUACUCCAAGAGGCUGGUAGCAUGGAUUCUGAUUCAAUAGACAAUAUCUCAGAAGAUGUGAAGAUUGAGAGUGUAAAGAACCUGGAGGGAGUAGAAGGUCUCAAGAGCGAGCAAGAAACUAGAAAUACAAGUAUAGAACAAGGCAAAAGCCAAGUAAACGAGCAAGAAAUAGUCAACACGUUGAACAUAGUGAAGAUAGGAUCCGAGGGGAGGAAGCAAGAAAGUAACUCUAAGGUAUGCAUGGGAACAGAAGAGUUGGAGAAAAGUGGUUACCAAAACCAAGAGAUAAGAAGGGAACUUGUGAAGCUUUUUCACUGCAAGAUGUGCAAUGAAGGAACUUAUGAUGAAGCAGCAAUGGCUAAUCAUAGGAAAAGUAGUAAGCACAGGAAUUCGCUUCAGAAAAUUGGUGGCGGUGUCAUAGUUGUGUCAAGCGUGCGUAAGGAAGCCGUAAAUAGUGAGAAAGGUUCCCAAGAUGCAGCACUUGAAGGAAAUGAAGGUGUCAACUAAUAUUUAUCUUGGAGAACAGAAAGCUGAUGAGAUUGGUGACUUAACAGAAAGCUGAUCUAAUUUUGUUAAAUAUUUCUUCAUUGUUCAUGUACUUCUUAGACUUUUCCUUUUCUUUUGUUCUUUAAGAUUAAACAAAGGUUUCAACCUUUGGGGACGGCAAUUGGCACUUCUAAUUACUAAUACUAACUAUUUGUUGA